AUGGUUGGUGUCACAGAUAAUCUUCGUCGUGGGGUAGAUGUGGAUGCCUCCACAUCGGCUGCUGCUGGGGCUUUCUCAGGCAUGGUGGCUCGUAUGGUGACAGCUCCUUUGGACAUAGUGAAGAUAAGGCUUCAGCUGCAGGAUAGACCAGCCAAGGGUCAGCAGGCAUUGCCUGUCAAAUACAAGGGAAUCCUGAACACAAUAGUCACAAUAGCCAAGGAAGAAGGCGGAGUGCGAUCGCUUUGGAAGGGUAAUGUGCCCGCUGAAAUCAUGUACAUACUAUACGGGGCAACCCAGUUCACUGCAUAUUCGACCUUCAAUACCGCGCUCACUAGCUUCGAAAACGCUCAUAGUUUGCAGGUGCCUAGCUCGUUUCAUUCGUUGAUGAUUGGAUCUCUUUCGGGGACAGUCGGCACAGCAAUUUCAUACCCGUUCGAUGUGAUGAGAACGAGAUUUGCAUUCAACAGAUCGAAGAAGUUCCUAUCAUUCUUUGGCACCAUAUCCUAUAUCGCAAGAACCGAAGGAAUACGAGGGUUCUUUGGAGGAAUUUCACCAUCGUUGUUAGCUAUGGCCGUCUCUAGUGGAUCAACCUUCUGUGCUUACGAAUUUUUAAGUGAGGCCACAGACAAGCAUGCAGAAUUGUCUUUCUUAUCGCCAUUUUGUGGCUUGAUAGCAGGCACAUUUUCCAAAACUGUGGUCUUUCCGCUCGACCUCAUCAGAAAGAGAAUGCAACUUACAAAUAAUGAUGCAAAAAUGACUUCGCUGAUUAGGGCAGUUUACACCCGUGAAGGAGUUCUAGGGUUUUACCAUGGUCUUUCCCCAGCACUUAUCAAGUCUGCUCCAACCACGGCCGUGAGUAUUUGGAUGUAUCAGCUUGCUGUUGCAACGAUACAAAACACGGGAUUCCAAGCAUAG